CCCCUAUCUCUUUACAGGACUGCCAGCCCGUCUAGAGUUAUUCCAGGAAUGCGUUGAACAUGGCUGCCGCGAUGAAGGCGCAGAAAACAGGACUGCUGGAGCUUCGACUGACCGUGGACCGCUGGAUCCGGGUGCUGGGCACACUUAACGAGGAUAUGCUCACAAUAAACCCCGGGGAGGGUGCCGAGGAGCCCGCGAAGCCCAACCCGAGUCCCGCCGGUGCUAUCAACGGAGACCCCCCGAACCUUAGCUCGUCCCCGGUCCCGGAAACCAUCACCAACGUCAAGCGCACCGUGCGAGUUACCAAGCAAGAUGUUGGAGGACUUGGAAUCAGUAUCAAAGGUGGAAAGGAGAACAAGAUGCCAAUCCUCAUCUCCAAGAUUUUUAAGGGCCUGGCAGCUGACCAGACAGAGGCUCUUUAUGUUGGUGACGCCAUAUUGUCUGUCAAUGGUUAUGACUUACGAGAAGCCACACACGAUGAGGCGGUGCAAGCGCUGAAGAAAACUGGCAAAGAAGUCAUCCUUGAAGUGAAAUACAUCAAGGAGAUGUCGGCCGUCUUUAAAAGCUCAGGCUCCCCUGGGGCCGCCCUCCCCUGGGACUCUCCCCCCUCCACACCUCAGAGGGGCACUGAGCUCUCACCCGCUGAGGUGAAGGAGCCCCGCAGCAUCCCGCUGAAGAUGUGUCAGGUGUCACGAAAACAGUGCCCCCCGGACACAGAGAACAGGUAUUUCGAGGUGAUUUCGUCCAACAGAAAGAAUUCUGUGUUCCUGCGGGCAAAAGACCCAGCCAUGGCCCAGUCCUGGUACAAUGCCAUCCAGGCUGGCGCUGCCAACCUUUUACCGCGAGUAAAGGAGGAGAUGAAGAGCAUGCAGCCUGGCAUGGAGGUUAAACAUCUGGGCUGGAUUACAGAGCAGGUCACCCAGGGUCCAGAGAGACCAGUACUGGCUGUGUUGACCGACAGAGACCUGCUUCUGUAUCCGUCCUUGCCUGAAAGCAAAGAGAGCCUCAGCAACCCAGCCAAGAGUCACCCACUCAUUGCUACCAGACUGGUCCACUCUGGCCCAGGAAAAAGUUCUCCUCUCCUGGACUCUGACCUCUCAUUUGGCCUGCGUUCGGGUACUAAGCAAGGAGUGGAGACCCAUGUGUUCAGGGUAGAUUCUGCCAAGGAGCUGUCCACCUGGACUCAUCUGCUGGUGGAGGGUUGCCAUAAUGCUGCUGAGCUCAUCAAGGAGGUCACCACGGCCUGUAGUUGGAAUGGGAAGGAGUGUACCCUAGGAGUGCACAUCGAUGAGGGUUUCACACUAUUCACCGAAGAGAUGGGUGUCAGGAAAUGUAUUCUGCUCCAACAACCUUUUGAGCGCCUAAGAAUGUCCUCAGACGAUGGAGUUCGCAUGAUGUUCCUUGACUUUGGAGGCCCUGAGGCCGAGAUUCAACUGGACCUCCACUGUUGCCCUAAGACCAUAGUCUUCAUCAUCCACUCUUUCCUGUCUGCUAAGGUCAAGCGACUUGGCCUCCUGGCAUGAUAAUGGCCAGCCAUCCAGAACAUCAACAAUAGGAAUAUUCAAUAAAACACACAGCCCAGAAGACUCUGAAACAGCAGAGAAUGUUGCGCAGGAGAGGAUACUGACUAACCCCUUCUUUUCAGCCUCCCUAGGCCUUUAAGAUUCUGAUCUCUGAUCAGUCACCUCCUAGUCUUUCCUGGGAAGUGCAGAGAAAAGUGCAACAUUGAAGGACCUUUGUUUAACUUGUAGUUGUAAGGGAAAGAGAGGUUUUACAGAUGGUGAGAAUCAGCAGCCAUUUAAGGGAUGUGACAUCUGUCAAAUGUGUUACUGUAGGUCAUGACACUUUAUGAUGGUAAACUGUGUGAAUAUGACAGCCUGCAUCUUAAUGUUUCUAAGCUUGAAGUCCCAGCCAUUUAAUGUAUUUUGCCCAAUUGUUCAUUUUUGUUUUGUUUCAUUAGUCACAGCAGGCCUUUGUCAUGCGAAUCCUUUCAUCUUUCAAUCUUUGCUUUAUGUGCUGUGCCAGUUAUAACAAAUGAUAUUUCACAAAUUUCCUGAUUGAUGUCGGACAAACAAUUUUUUUUUUUUUUAAAGGCAGCUUCAGUGGAGUGACAGAAUGACACGACUGAUCACUACAUGGUCAAUAGUUUGUACUGUACAAAGUACAGAAUACAACUAUAAUGAUAUGUUUUUUAUGUAGAUGCUUAAGUUGCCUUUACCCUGAAUUUCCAUGAAAGAAGCUACAUGCUUUUUGUUGAAGACAACUUUCAAAUGUUAAAUCAUAUGUAUUUUUUAUUGCAGCUGAAUUCUGUCUCUCUCCUUCCCUGUUUUAAGUGAGCUCCUAAUUCAUGGCCUAACAAAGAGAAAUGACUAGAGUAUAUUAUAAAAGGCUUUUUUUAUUAAUUAUGUUUUAGCAUAACCAAUAAAGUAGAUAAAAUAUUGCAAUUUUCCUAACAACAAAAAACUUCCUUGAAUUUGCAUGCCUUAGACAGACAGACUCUACAGUGUCAUUUCAUUUCAGCUCAUCUGAAGUAUAAAAUAAGAACUCUUGUGUUUUUAGAGUCCUACUGACAAAGGUUGUGCUAUAAUCAUGAUGGAUGACAAACAGUUGGCUGAAAGAGUGCCAGUCCAGCUAAGCUACUUCUCCCGUAUAGAUAAGUGUUCGAGUACAAGUACAGAGUUUAGCUUUUUUAUAAACCUAUUCUAUAGUACAGUGUUUUUGUCUGUACUUCAUAAUUGAAUCACCAGAGAGGACAGACAGGCUUCAUCAGAAAGCACUGAUAGUCCAUUUUUACACAAUUUGUCCAACAUUUAAAUAUAUUAAAUUACCAUAGAAAAGAUUUUGAGUUGUUUACAUCAUAAAGUGUUUUAUUAUUUACAAUUUAUUAUUUGUGUCGACUGAACAUCCACAACUUGGGGCCUUCUCUCUAUGUCCAACACUAAACAGACUUGUAUUAAUAUAUAUUUCAAACCUAAAACUUGUUUGCUUUCAGGAAUAAAAUGUAUUAUAUAUUCUUAUUUAAACAAAGGUGUGCCUUGCAGGGUUGUUUGUAUAUAAACAUGUAAUAAACUUUGUUAACUUUUA